AUGCCAGUAGCACAAUACGACUCCAUCGGCGACCGCUACACCGAGGUCGCCAACCUCCCAACCGGCCUCCUCCAACAAGCAUCCAUGCAAGCCCUUGUGGGCGAUAUCACGGGUCUCACGGUGCUGGACCUCGCCUGCGGCGCCGGCUCCUAUACACAAAAGACGGUCACAGACUGGGGAGCCCGGCACGCCGUCGGAGUCGACAUAUCACCUCUUACAAUCGAAGUUGCGCAAAGACGUACACAGGACGAUCCGCGAGUUGAAUUCCACGUCGCGGACUGCGGCCGUCCACUCUACAUGGGCCAAUUCGAUAUUGUGAUCUGCCGCUGGCUCUUGAACUACGCGACCAACGACGCCGAAAUGCUAGACAUGUGGAGGAAUAUUUUUAAUAACUUGAAACCGGGCGGACGGGUGAUUGGUCUCACUCCGGACUUGGGGGCUAUCGAGAAGGGGAGAAGCUUGCCGGUAGGGAAUUACUAUGGACAGAGCGUGGAGGUGCUCAAGUGGUUGGAUAAUGGUGGUGUGAACGUGCAGACGACGAUGCAUACGUCGGAGCCGUUUUCGUUCCAGAGUUGGUUUCUCCCGAGGGAGAUGUAUAACAAGGGAGCAAAGCUGGCGGGGAUGAAGGAAGUUCGGUGGGUGACGCACCCGGAUUUUGCGGUGCCAGGGGUGGAUAUGGAACAAGUUCGAAAGUGCCCUCUUUUCAACAUUUUUACGGCUGUCAGACCAUUGGAGUAG